AUGGAUGAACACUGGUCCUUAGUUGUGGUGGAACUUGAUAUAGAAGUUAUAAUUGUUCUUGAUUCCUAUAAUGAAUUGGAGGACUCCACAGAACGUCAUGCACAACUGAUAAAUGCACUGAAAGGUCAUCUUUAUUCUUCACUAGUCCUGCAAUCUGCUAACUACAACAUUAUUACACUAGAGACGCGCGUCUUCUUCGACGUGCGGUUCCUGCAGCGCCUGGUGGCGGACGGCCGGUGGCAGGAGGCGCGAGGGUACGUCAAGCGCUUCCUGCCCAGCCGGGACGACCAGAUGUUGGUCGAUGCGCACACCGCGCUCAGAUUCAUCACUCACCUCAACGACCUCGACGACCUCGCCCAGGGCAAGUUGGGGGGUGAUGAUGCAGCCGAGGAUCUCGAGAGGCAAAUCGAAGCUAUCCCCUCCACCAUGGCCGACCCGCACUACACCGAGGCUGCAUCUGCUUCGGCUGCCACGCUGCCCAAUCAACCCACGCUACACCAUCCCCUUCGGGAAAGGGGUCACCAGAGGCAUCAGAAGAACAUAGGACAAACGUCGGCAUUUUGUCUUGCUCGCCAUUUUCUUCGGAAAAAGAGGCGUCCUCCACCAAAGACUCAAGGGUCAUCGUCAGAGCCAAUGGAUUUGGAGGAGCUUAUUGGUAAAAACAGACCUUGCCUACAGCCUUCCAGAUUUUUUAAGUUCAUGCAUAAGCCGGUGUUUGAAAUGUAUUACUUAGAUGAAACUUUGCUAGCUGGUAAGCAGGAGGCCAGAGAACAUUCGGAUUCUUGUAGUGAAGGCAUUCCAGGUUCUCCUGUAUUUAUAGGUAAAAGUUGUGGAAUAUCACCGGCUGAUGCAGUCAAAAAGUGUUUAAGUCAAGAAGAAUAUUACCCUGAAAGUGCUGUAGUUGCAAAACUUCCACAUGCAACUGGGAAAUUUUGUUCGGAUGCUGUCAACAUGCGUUCAGAUCACAAAUUCACAAUAUGUUUGUGGAGAAACUAUUGGAGCAAGAGAAGCUGUUAUACGAACUGCGGGUAGAUUGCAUAAAAGCAGAAGGUUGUGCUUCCAUUGGGACAUACUUCACCACCAGAUAGAAGCGCUUUAGCUGCAUCUAGGAUGCUCACAUUUUGGUUUGGCUAGUGGGGACAAACUUUACGUCUCUCAUUUUGUUCUCUAGCUAGUAUUACGAUAUGGCACAUUGUUUUCUCAUGAUGUUCAUAUUAUUUGUAUACUAGCAACAUGUCCGUGCAUUGCAACGGGAAGAUAUAUGAAUAUAAAAAAGUAUUAAAAUUGCAUGUAUCAUGUGAAAGAAAGAAACUAGCAACUUUUA